AUGACGCAAUAUGUGUCAAUCGCAUCUUUUCUUCUUAGUGCCCAUUCAUUAUUUAAUGAAGAUGGUAAACAAGAUAAAUAUCUUGCACAAUUAUCAGCAGUUGUAGGUGAUGUUUAUAAGAAAAUUUUGAAUGAAAAUCCUGUUACAAGUGAUCCAUUAAAAAAUCUUGCAUCUAUUGAAAAUCGUCUUGAAGAAUUAUUUCAAGAAAUUGCACUUAUGGAUCCACUACGUUUACAAGAAGCUGAAAAGUCCAAAGAAAAAGAACGACGUAUUCGUUUACGUGAACAAAAGAAACUUGAAGAAGAACGAGCUACUGAAGAAAAGAAAUGUAAAGCUGCAUUACGUGCUAAAGAACCGCCUAAGAAACAUGUUGGUCGUUCAAUCGCUGAACGAUCAAGACCACCUGAAUUGAAAAAAUUCGAUCAAGAUACAAUCAACAAAACAAACAAAGAAGAAGAAGAAGAGCUUGCUUAUUAUUUUACUUGA